AUGCGAAUUGGUAUUUUUGGUAGGGCCUUUACAGAUAGGCCCAGCCGUACUAUUAUUGCACUUCUAUUGAAAUUCAUAAUGAUACUGAUACCUUGUGAUUAUUUACUGGUACCUGCUGAAGGUACACCGAUUGUCAAUAUUGGUGUCGUUGAACAAUUACCGGCCACCUCUUCUGCUGGGUAUAUUCAGUACAAGGUGGAAAAUGGAUCUGUUUUUGAUGAAAUAGCAAAGAAAGCAUUUAUUUCAUUACAUUCCGAACCGUACAUUGAACCACCACUGUUAACCUUUGAUCAAAAACGCUUAAAAUGGCUUCAACGAUACAUGCGAAAACAGUUAAAAGCCGAGAAGAAAGGCAAGAAAGUGAUAUCUUCACCGAAAGAAGCAUUACAACAAGUGAAUCAAGAAGUAAGUUUAGGCAGAUUAGAUGAUUCAAGGCCUGUGGCACACUGUGAUGGUCAAAUUUUUAAGCAACGUAUCCGUAUGGAUGGUUGUUUAUCAAAGGUAGUACAUAACAGAUUUUGUCAUGGAACCUGUUCCUCCUAUUUCAUACCACGUUUGAGGCCACGAAAAUUGAAAUUGGACGCUAUGUUUCAGAGUUGUUCAGUGUGUAGGCCUGCUGAAUGGGAUACUGUUGAGGUGAAAUUGGAUUGUCCAAGAAAAAAUCCAAAAGAAUUGAAACGAAAAGUGAUCAAAGUGAAGAAAUGUAAAUGCAUUGCAUUGAGCAGAAAUAAUCUUGAAAGCGAAGAGGAUGGCCGAUAA